UUUGCCGUCUUGAAGGACACGGCGCUGCAGAAGUUCGCCAUCAAGUCGGCCUCCAGCCUGCGGCGCUACGAAGCCGGGGCUUUCUCCUGGCUGAACACCACGGAGCUGUGGUGCGACAUCGCCUUGGACGAGAACGCGUCGGCUCUGCCGGUGAUGCUGCGGGACCUGCGGGACAAACCCCUCCACUACCUGCGUUUCCGUAACCUCUUCGAGUUCACCUACUACACCGGCGGCGGCAGACCCCUCAACGGCUUGGCUGACAAGUUGGUCUUCUUCCGGGGGAAGUUCAACGAGAACCUCCUCCGCUUUGCCCUGCUCAACAUCCAACGCUCCCGCGUCCGCCACUUGGAGCUGGUGGCCAUCGACUUUGCCCGCUCGCCGCAGUGGAACAGCUCCGGCGUGGGGGCGGCCGCCCCGCGGCUCGACCGCCUCUUGCUGCAGGACAUCAGCAACCCCGACGUCCUGCGGUUCGACUGGACCUUCACCUGGUUGAGCGGCGUGACCAACCUCUCCAUCGUCAACGUCAACUUCAACUAUGUCCCCUGCGAUGUUUGGGGUGAGUUGCGGAACGUGGAGGCCUUGGACAUCUCCGGCAACCGUCUGGAAGACGGUUAUAUCUACAACCAACGCUGCCACUACCAGGACGUCAUGCCCAAGCUGGAGAGCUUCGUCGUGGCCACCAACCAGCUCCUGAGCUUGGCCGUGGUGGCUGCCUUGACGCGGACCUGGCCCCGGCUCACCCACCUCGACGCCAGCCACAACGGUUUGGGCAGCCUGCAGGAGACGUGCCAGUGGGGUCCCACCUUGUGUUGGCUGGCCCUCCACCACAACCGGGUGACGGCAGGCACCUUCAGCUGCCUGCCCACCACCCUGGAGUACCUGGACCUCUCCUACUCCCAGCUCGACCGCUUGGACAUGGACUACUUCACCCAAACUCCCCGGCUGCGAGAGCUGCGGUUGAGCGGCAACAAGAUCAAGUUCAUCCCCUCCGAGUGGAGAUGUCCCCGUUUGGAGGUGCUGGCCAUCGACGGCAACUCCUUCGGCGUCAUCAACCGCGGCUCCUUCGUCAACAUGCC